AUGAAAGAAGGAGGCCUCGGUUUCAGAACCCUUGAGGAUUUCAAUAUUGCCUUAUUAGCUAAAAAGCUUUGGCGACUCCUUUGGUAUCCCGAUUCCCUUCUUAGUAGGAUUUUAAAGGGGAGGUACUACAAAUAUUGCAGUCCACUUGAAGUCUGUGUCUCUAAUCGGCCUUCAUACGGAUGGCGCAGCAUACUAGCAGCAAAACAUCUCCUUGCCUCGGGGAUCAGGAAGACUAUUGGAUCUGGUUUUGAUACUUAUGUCUGGGCAGAUCCUUGGAUCCCAGAUACACCAGCCCGACCACCUAGAGGACUUCUGGCGGACCGUGAUCCGCUUAUGUAUGUCAACUCGCUUAUUGUCUUCGAGACCAAGGACUGGAAACUAGAUCAUCUUCAAGAGCUUUUUCCUCUUGAGGAAAUCACCCCCAUACUAAGAUUACGUCCGAGUCGUUCUUACUCGAGAGACGGUUAUAGUUGGACUCACACUAAGUCUGGGAACUAUACUGUCAAAUCAGGAUAUUGGAUUGCGAGAUCCUUAUCUCGUCUGUCUGGUGACCCCCCUGUUCAGGGACCGGGUAUUUCGGUACUCAAGGCACAGAAAGCUAGAAACAGGAAGGUGUUCGAAAAUGUGGAUAAACCUCCUCCUGACAUCUUAGAUCAUGCAAGAGCAGAAGAAGAAGCAUGGAGGAAAGCGAACUCAGAGGAACAUGGAGAAGUUGGCCAGGAUCAGGAAGAAGCCUUGUCUACCACUCCUCCCAUGGACGAGACUUGUUGUUAUGUCGAUGUUUCAUGGCUGGUGUCAGCUCCCCUUAGCGGCCUUGGAUGGAUCGUCAUUUCGGGUUGA